AUGUCAGAUUCUUUCGUGCCAACUGCUAUCAGAAGGCCAACAGGAGCCUCUACCAACCCUCUCAGGGAUCUCGAUGUCUCCGAGGUGGUAGCUGAUGAAACCACAGUCCUGGAUGUCCCUCCUGAGGUUAGCAGGCCGGCCGCCAAACAUCCCCACAGGCUGCAAGAAGAGGAAAGCACAACUUCGGAACAUGAGCCAUGGCAAGCCAAGGUGCUGAGGACUGAGAAUCAGCACCUCGAGACUAUCAUCUCAACCAUUCAGGCCAAUGGCCGGUACAAGGAAGAACUGGAUGAGGGUGUGGAUCCCGGAUCUGCAGCAGAAAAAGUGGAGAUGGGGCAUGAAGAGGCACGUCCAGGAGACCUGGAUCUGUUGCCCUCAAACGGGUUUCGACCCGGCACUCGCUUGGUUGGCAAGCCACGCAAGGUGCGUGCUCUGGCCAGCCAGCUCCAGAAGCGCCUGCAGGACUGUAAUGGCAGGUCAGCUGGGCAGGAAUCCCAGCAGCCCAGUCCUUCUGAAGGAGAGACUGCGGAGACUUGUGAGAAAGAGAGCAAAGCUUCCAAAGACUCCAGAGUGGCAUCCCCAGAGCAUGGGGAAGAGGGCCCAUUGGAGGGGCCUGAGGAGCAGGAGGAGUAUACGGAGGUGAUGGAGGGUCGUUCUGGCAGCCCAGGCCCCCCACCAAAAGCUCUGUCCCAGAAGGAGAUGAUCAAGCGCAGGUACCGCUGCGGGGAGUGUGGUAAAGCCUUCCUGCAGCUCUGCCACCUCAAGAAGCACUGCUUUGUCCAUGCUGGCCACAAGCCCUUCCUGUGCACGGAGUGUGGCAAGAGCUAUAGUUCAGAGGAGAGCUUCAAGGCCCACGUGUUGGCCCACCAGGGUGUGCGGCCUUUCCAGUGCACCCAGUGCGACAAGGCUUACCGCACCAAGCGAGACUUGCAGGAGCACCAGGUCCUGCACACCGGCCAGCGCCCCUUCUCCUGCGAGCAGUGUGGCAAGGCCUUUGCGCGCCGGCCCUCUCUCCGCAUUCACAGGAAGAUCCAUCUGGCCACCGGGACUGGCCAGGCUGGUCCCAAGGGAUGCCAGUGCACCAUAUGUGGACGCCACCUGGCCAACCCCGGCUCCUUGCGCAACCACAUGCGCCUGCACACGGGGGAGCGCCCUUACACCUGUCCCUACUGCGGCAAGGACUUCCGACAGCAGAGCAACCUGCGCGAGCACCUCCGGCUGCACACGGGCGAGAAGCCCUACAAGUGCCGCUUCUGCGGCGACGCCUUCCCCAAGCUGCCAGAGCUGCGGCGCCAUCUCAUCUCCCACACGGGUGAGGCCCACCUGUGCACCGUGUGCGGCAAGGCGCUGCGGGACCCCCACACGCUGCGUGCCCAUGAGCGCUUGCACACAGGUGAGCGCCCUUUCCGCUGCGAGCAGUGCGGCAAGUCCUACACCCUGGCCACAAAGCUGCGGCGCCAUCAGAAAUCCCACCUGGCUGACAAGCCCUACAAAUGCGAGCUCUGUGGCAUGGGCUACACCCUUUCCCAGAGCCUUGCGCGCCAUGUGCUCACCCACAGGGCGGAAAAGGACCCUGAGGAACUCACCACUGCAGUGGCCUCGCUUGAUGUGGACCUAGCCCAGGCAUCAAGGAAAAGGCAUCAGAGGAAGGGCCACCAGGAGGAGGAUUUGCCAUCAGCAAAGGACAUCCUUGAAAUCACCACCCCUGAGCAUGAGGACAAAUGCAUUAUAGUGCGGGACGAGGGCUCACCAAGUGAUGUGGUCAUCAUCCAGGAGGGGGUGGGCUUUGGAGCAGUGGCAGAAGUGGUGGAGGUUGAGACUGGGACCUGA